AUGGCAUCCAAGUGCCAGGAGGAAGAGGAGCCCCAGGCUGAGCACAGUGACGAAGCUGUUUGGCCGACAGGGGCCAGGAGCAGAGGCAGUCACAAGGCUGUGCGUAACUCCUCGUGGCCUCCUAAUGAAGAUACUUUUUGCUCCCACAGGUGGUUUACUCACUUUUAUGCUGUUUCUGUGCUCUGGAAUGGCCUUUUGCUGAUCUGGCUUCUCAAAACUCAGUUCCUCCCAGGAUCUCUCUCAUCCUGGCUUCAGCACCUGCACCAUGCUCUUGACAGAGCUUCACAGAACGAGUACAUGGGUAGUGAAUACUUCUCUGCGCUCUUGGUCCUCCUGCUCCUUUGGCUGCACAGCUUUCGGAGACUUGCAGAGUGCCUCUGUACCAGUGUAUUUUCAGAUGGCGUCAUUCAUAUCGUGCACUAUUGCUUCGGACUUGGCUACUACAUUGCUCUUGGCUUAACUGUGCUAUGCCAAGUGCCUGCUAAUUUCCGGAAUGGAGAAGAACUUUCUGUGCAGAUCUGCUGGUAUCACAUAGUGGGAAUUGUGAUGUACAUUUGGGCCUCGCUUCACCAACACAGAUGUUUUGUGAUUCUAGCUAAUCUUAGAAAAAGCAAAUCAGGAAAGGUCAUAAAUCUGAGCCACAGUGUACCUUACGGAGACUGGUUUGAGAGUGUUUCUUGCCCUCAUUAUUUUGCAGAACUCCUCAUAUAUGUAUCCAUGGCCAUCACACUUGGAUUUCACAAUGUGACGUGGUGGUUUGUAGUGUUGUAUGUCCUUUUUAACCAGGCACUGGCUGCUGUUUUGUGCCAUGAGUUCUAUCAAAACAAAUUUAGCUCCUACCCAAAACAUCGAAAAGCAUUUAUACCAUUUGUUUACUAGAG